AUGUCUUGUGUGCUCAUUGUCGGCGCUUUCUUUCCUUCAAAGUUCUAUGUGUGUUCUGACCUGUCUCUAAUUCCUUCUUCCCUUACGCAUUCCCUCCAAAGGAUAACUACACACCAAGGGGAAAAAGAAAGAAAAAGAACCAUGGUUGCCGCUACCUCCAGCAAGAUUCGCCGGAUCGGUAAGAAGAAGGGCGCAACCCUCCAGGAUGUCAGCGCGUGGCACUGGAUCAAGACGGCCGCCCGCCACUUCAAGCGUGAGGGCAACCUCUUCGUCCCGUCCUGCACGGAGCUCGUCAAAACCUCCUGCGGACGCGAGCGGGCCCCGCAGAACCCGGACUGGUAUUUUAUCCGCUGCGCUGCCGUCCUGCGCGCGAUUUAUCUUCGCCCGGGGGUCGGCUACGGCGGCCUCAGCAAGCGCUUCUCCAGCAAGAAGAACUACGGCAGCCGGCCGGAGCACAUGGUGCGCGCGGCCACCGGUCUCCUCCAUUGGUCCUGCAAGUCCCUCGCCAAGCUCGGCCUCGUCAGCGGCGGCAAGACGUCCGGGCAGUGCCUCACGAAGAAGGGGCGGAUGUUCGCCGACUCGCUGGCUUUUCAGGUCCGCGUCCGCCGCCUCGGCACGUCUAAGGAGUGAUAGGAAAGGGUAGUUUACCACUUUGUUACUGUUUGUUUGUUUUGGAUAAUGCGAUCUCGACUAAGAGAGGGGGCCAACGGGAAGUCUGCCCCUCCUUCCCCUUCAAUGUCUCUUUGUGUUCAUCUCCCUCUCUUUAAGGGAAACUCAAAUCGCUCUUUUCCCUUUUUGUCUAGAUUUAGUGAAGUUUAGGAUUUUCUUUUUAUAAUUGUAUGUUUCUCCAGUUUUCCACACUAUCAUGAUGAGAACGAGUUGUAGUGCGCUCUGAGAUCCUGACGUGAAGAGCAAAACACUUGACAGUAAAUCUAUUUGUUCCUGAAUUUGUGGAAUUCACUCUCUCUCUCUCUCUUUCGCUUUCUAAAGACUUUUUUUUGUUAUUUAUGAGGCACCUCCCUCGCUUCCAGCCGUACCCAUCGCGAUCUCCGGA